UGAAACUCGGCUUAGUUUUAAAAGAAAAAAAAAUAAUUUUCAGAGUUACACUAAUCUGCAAUAACAUAGGCUCUUCCAAGACUUUCAUCAGAUCUCUGAUAUUAUCCGAACAUUCUGGGAGUGGUUUUUAAUCUCAUCUGACGACUUCGAAGAAUAGAAAGAAAGCAACGUACAAUAUGAAGUAGAGUAUUUUUGUUAAGAUAAAAUUCGUCAGAUACGGUUCAGCAGUCUAUACAAAGAGACGCAUUCUCUAAAAUCGGCAACAGAAACAAUAGAUUUCUUAAUAAAAUAUCUGCAAAGUAAUAAUAUUGUCAAUGUCAAAGUUUACGAUCCGCGUGUAAUUGUGGAUGAUGUUUAAACCACGGUUUGAAUAAAAUUUUAUUUGUUGUUAUAUUUCAGUAGUGAGAUAAGUUGCGACUUACUUUUAAAGGGGAACGGAAUAAUAAGCCAGAUAAAAUAUUUUCAUAUGAGCAAAGAAUAGCAGAGAUGAUUAAAUGCGGACAUAAACGUUUAGACGGGCAAUUCACAAUUCAAGAGGAGUUUUGUAUAUAGUACUCUAAUAGUGAUAGUGAUAUAAAUGGAGAUUCAAUUUAACAAUUAUGAUGGUUAAUACUGCGUUAUAUUUCAUCAUUAUUUCUGUUUUAUAUUCUGGAAGUAGUGGACAUCAUAAUCAUAUUAAUAAUUUUGAAAGUACACUUGGACAUUUAAAACCGCGAAGUUCACCAGCCGUGCAAGCUGAAGCGGCCUUGAAGUUAAUUGAACGAACAAUUGGAAAAAAAGUAUCACAUUUCAGUGUUUCUGUCGAUCCAAAUUUGGGUCCAAUUGGGAAAGAUACUUUUGAGAUAAAAAAAGGGUCCAGUGAAUAUCAAGAAAUAAUAAUAACAGGAACAUCAGGUGUCGCAGUAGCAUGGGGGUUCCAUCAUUAUUUGAAAAAACACUGCAACUGCCAAAUAGCGUGGGAAGGAGAACAAAUCGAAUUACCAGACGUAUUACCGGAUGUUAAUGAAAGAAUAACCUCUAACGACAGGUUUCGGUACUACCAGAAUGUCUGCACAGCUGGGUAUAGUUCAGCUUGGUGGGGCUGGGAUCAAUGGGAGAAAAAUAUCGACUGGAUGGCUUUAAAUGGCAUCAAUCUAGCCCUCGCGUUUCACGGUCAAGAGGCUAUCUGGGAGAGGGUGUACCUUAAAAUGAAUUUGACUAGUGAAGAGAUAAAUCAGCACUUUGGAGGACCUGCUUUUUUACCUUGGUCACGGAUGGGCAAUAUCAGAGGAUGGGGUGGCCCAUUAUCUUCUUCAUGGCACACUCACACUAUUGUUCUUCAACAUAGAAUACUCAAUAGAAUGCGAGAACUUGGAAUAAUUCCAGUUCUUCCUGCAUUUGCGGGUCACGUACCACGUGCCUUUUCUCGUAUUUAUCCUCACGCUAAUAUGACUAAAAUAGGUGUUUGGAAUCAAUUCGAUGAUCAAUAUUGCUGUCCAUAUUUAGUGUCACCAACAGACCCACUAUUUAAAGUAAUAGGUCAACAAUUUUUACACGAGUACAUUAAUGAAUUCGGUACGGAUCAUAUUUAUAACUGUGACACAUUCAAUGAGAAUGAACCCGUGGACACCGAUACCGAGUCAUUAAAAAUGAUCGGGCAAGCUAUUUAUUCAGCCAUGACGGAUAUUGAUCCCCAAGCUAUAUGGGUGAUGCAAGGCUGGUUGUUCGUUCACGAGUUUGACUUUUGGACAGAAUCGCGAGUUGAAGCUUUUAUUACUUCAGUUCCAUUGGGAAAAAUGAUUAUCCUCGACCUCCAAUCAGAGCAAUUUCCGCAAUACAUGAGAUUCAAAUCAUACUUUGGCCAGCCGUUUAUUUGGUGUAUGCUUCAUAAUUUUGGCGGCACCCUUGGAAUGUUCGGAUCGGCAAGAAUUAUAAGCGAGCGUGUUAUCGAGGCAAGAAAUAUGGAAGGCAGCACGAUGAUUGGAACAGGCUUAACGCCCGAGGGAAUCAAUCAGAAUUAUGUGAUUUAUGAAUUAAUGAACGAAAUGGCUUAUCGACGUGAGCCUGUUAAUCUCGAUAAAUGGUUUGAAAAUUAUUCUGUACGAAGAUACGGUGGGAGGAAUGAAUAUGCAUCGCAAACAUGGAACAUUCUCGGGAAAACAAUUUAUAAUUUCAUUGGUCUCGAAAGGAUCCGUGGACACUAUGUAAUCACGAUGAGACCAAAAGGGAAUAUUAAAACUUGGUGGUGGUAUGAUCCAGAGUUGAUUAUUGAAGCUUGGGGUAUUUUUCUGGACGCUCGGAAUGACAAAGCUAACAAAACAUUGUACAGGCACGAUGUUGUUGAUAUAACAAGACAAUCUUUGCAAUUAAUUGCUGAUGAGAUUUAUCUCAAUAUUAAAAACGCCUAUGCCAAGAACAACUCUACUUUAUUAAGGCAACAAUCAGCAUUAUUAGUUGAACUUUUUGACGACUUGGAGAGAAUUCUUGAUUCGAGUGAAAAUUUUCGCUUGGGAAAAUGGUUGGAAGCUGCUAAAUUAUUGGGAACAAAUGAAAAAGAAAGGGAGUUAUACGAAUACAAUGCACGAAAUCAAAUAACUUUGUGGGGACCAAAUGGUGAAAUAUGCGAUUAUGCAAACAAACAAUGGGCUGGAGUUAUUGUUGACUAUUUUAAACCGCGGUGGGUUAUAUUUCUCAAAGCUUUACAAGAUUCAGUUGAAACAAAACAGAUAUUAAACCAAACUCUGAUAAAUCAGCUAAUUUUUGAACAAGUUGAAAAACCGUUCACAUUUUCUCAUAAGAAUUAUCCUGUUGAACCUCAAGGAGAUUCUGUCCUUAUUGCUGUUGAGCUGAAUAACAAAUGGAAAAAUUACAAGUUGCAUUUUAUCGAAAGAAAAAUCCUUAGAUAUGAACGCAGGAUGAUAGUUAAUAAAAAAACAAUUUUAACUUGAUAUUCUUUAAAUUUCAGCUUCUCAUGAAAAUUUAUGGGAAGAUUGUAAAGUAAUAAAAAGUAAUGUUUUGACAA